CUCCGACACCCGAGUCCGACAAGGAUGGUGGGGCGACGUGGAGGAGCGGACAGAGGGAGGGAGAGGAGGUGCUUGGAAGAAGCAAGAGGAUGGGACAUGGGAAUUUAAAAGGCUGGUUCGUUGGAUCCUUGCAUGUGGAACGAGUUUUCUUCGAGGUUGGAGGCUCCUGUGUCGAACCGUCCAGACUUUUCUGAAUCCCCCAGCGCUGGAAAGUCGUAUCCUUUGGACCACGAUCGCCCUCGAGACACUAAUGACACACUUACUCCCAGCCAGAGGCGAUUGGUCAGCAAGUACUCCGAAAACACGACUCCAAGUGAUCAAAAAGGCGGAAACCACUAUCCAUUAAGAAAACCGCCAAAGGCUACUAUUCCUCGAGAUUUGAUCCGGGAUCUACAUGCGAAAACUGCAUCUCUCCAACAACAGUUGCGUACAGCUACAGAUCAAGUUCGAUUGCUGCACACAGAGAACGAGUCAUUACUACAGUCAGCUUCAUAUGAGCAAGCUCUCAAGUACCUGGACACUGUAUCGCCAUACAGUGCGGUAGCAGAUCUCUCCCUCCAAUCCCAUGUAUUGAACUAUCCCUACCCGCUGUCUCCCAGAUCGCCGAAAGUCUUAGCAGGUACUCCAUCCAACGAUGAAUCCGCCAUACGACCGAUGCAAGGUGCAAGGAGCACCUUUACGUGCAUAUAGGAUCAGGGUAUGGAGAAGCUGACACCGUAAUGGUGGAGAGCUCCGACAAUUUGUAAUUGGAUGACUAUCAGCUCGUUCGACGCCAUCAAAGUAGCUGUUUGGACUUCCAACAAUUCUGAAAUUCAGGAUGUAGAGUAAAUGAACAUGGGAAAGAUC